AUGUCGCACGCCACUUCAACCAGUCCCCAACCUCGAGUUUGGCUCAUCACCGGGUCCUCGACGGGUCUGGGCCGCAGUCUCGCGGAGGCCGUGCUGGCCGCCGGCGAGCGCCUGGUCGCCACCGCACGCAACGUGUCGGCACUCGAUGGCCUGGCCGAACUGGCCGACACCGACCGACUACUCGCCGUCCAGCUCGACGUGACCGACCAGGCCCAGGUCGACGCUGCGUUCGCGCAGGCCGUCGCCCGCUUCGGCCGGGUCGACGUCGUGCGGCCCACGAUUUUCUUUGGCGUGGGCCUGCGUCGAGGAGGCGGGUUCCACAACGCGUGCGUCGAGCGCUGGGCCACCGAGUGCACGCUGGCGGCGGUGGCGACGCUGACAGACUCGGAGAGCCAGGGCCACGCCGCGUAUUGUGAGGGCACGGACCUGUUCGUGCACAAGGACCCGAUCGGCGAGCACACGGAGGAGACCUGGCAGCGAUGGUUGCCCUACGCUCUCCGCCUCUUCUACGGCCCUCGUUCAUGA